CAAACAACGCCGGUGGUAACAAUGGCGGCUCGGGAGCGAACUCGCUGGCCACCUCGCCCAGCUCCAGCAGCAACAACGCCUUCAGUCCCUAUCCGACGGCGAGCAGCAGCUCGGUGGCCGGCGUCAGCAGCUCCUAUGGAGUGGGCAGCUCCUCAGGAGGUGUAAAUAGUGGUGGCUCCGUUUCCGUGGGCAGUCCGCAGUCGACGACGGCUCCAGGCGGAGGAGGAGGCGGCGGCGGAAACGGAAGUGGAGGAGGCAAUGGAAGUGCCGGAGGUCCAAACAGCUCCGGCGUCUAUCCGCCCAAUCAUCCGCUGAGCGGUUCGAAGCACCUCUGCUCGAUCUGUGGAGAUCGAGCCUCGGGAAAGCACUAUGGCGUAUACAGCUGCGAAGGCUGCAAGGGCUUCUUCAAGCGCACCGUCCGCAAGGACCUGACGUACGUCUGCCGGGAGGAGAAGGCCUGCAUCAUUGACAAGAAGCAGCGCAAUCGGUGUCAGUACUGUCGGUACCAGAAGUGCCUGCACUGCGGCAUGAAGCGCGAGGCGGUGCAGGAGGAACGGCAGCGCACCAAGGAGCGCAAUGAAAACGAGGUGGAGAGCACCAGCAGCAAUGGCACCAACUACAGCCACGAAGCUCUGCUGGCUGCUAUAAAUGAGGCGGAGAUGCGCAUCGACGUCCGCCUGAAGCGAGAACGGGCCGCCGACAUUACCUCCGCCGUGCGCACCCAAAUCAAGCAGAUGUUUGAGUGGGCGAAGGCGGUGCCCCACUUCACCGACCUCUACCUGGAGGACCAGUGCAGUCUGGUGAAGGCGGGCUGGAAUGAGCUGCUCAUUGCGCAGUUUGCCCACCGCUCCAUUGAGGCCCACUCCAAUGUGCUAGUGCUCUCCAAUGGCCUCUACAUCAACGACCAGGGGGCGGCCAGCACCGGCAUUGGGGAGAUCUUUAGUCGGGUGCUGACGGAGCUGGUCAGCAAGAUGAGGGAGAUGGCGAUGGACAAGACGG